UUUCAUUGGUAAUUUUAAAGCAAAAAUUUGGAAAAUUAUAUACUUGCUUUUUAGCAUUGGGAAUGGGGGGGCCUUAAUUUAAUCAUUUCAGCCCCCUACAGAUCCUAAAUAAAAUCCCUGCCUAAUCCAACUUCUGGUGUUUUCGGGGGUCUGUGUUUACCCUACUUUCACUUUCUAUAGAAUGUAUGAGAUUAAUCGCUUCGUUAUCUUCACUUUUUCAUCAUAAUUUUAUCUACUUGCAAAAUGAAUUUACACUGAACCAUUACCGCAAACUAUUUUGAAAAAUUUCUGUGAAUCAUAAAAAAAAAAUAGCUUAUAAAUAAUACAAAUCAGCAUUAAAAUUUUAUAAAUCUUUCGUGUAACAUUGGCACUUGUAUAUGAACAUUUUUUUGUCUGAUUUAAAAAAUUAAUUUCAUUAAGGGUUUUGAAGAUAAAGUUUGUUUACAAUGCUAAGUAAUGUCAUUUUUUAUAAAGUUGAAUAUACAUUUGAUAAAUAUAUAUACAUUUUGCUAACCCUUGUGAUCACUUAACAUAUCACUAGACUAGUUAGUAUACAAGUCUGCAAAUUCACAUUCAUCAUAUGCUCAAACACUGCUAGCUUUCAAAAUCAGUGUGUCUGAUUGUUGAUCCGAAACAUAUGGCAACACUACAGUCUUUUUUGCCUCUUAAUUGAUAAUUCUCCUGUGUGCUUGUUGGGCUUCUAAUUUGCAGUCUGAGUGCCUAGUUCUGCAGUAGUUGGCUUUAGCAUAAAGUAUCAUAUGGGAAUAACAAUAACAGCACACGUCCCUUACAUCAGGCUUUUGUUUUCUCUGAAUUCACACAUGGUAUAUCUGUCAUGAAUCCUAAUAUUUAUUGCAAUAUGUACAUAACAUAUGUGGUCAGCUUAUGAUCUGUGUGUCCAGACAGAUGGGGAAUAGCAAAUGCAGACAGUGAACUUGUUCUCUGCAUUAUUACAGAAGUUGAUAGAACGAUAUAUCGAGAUUAUUUAGAUGAUGAUAUUCAGUUUAGGUAUAAUGCUUUGAUGGCAGGGUAAAAAUGAUUGUAUUAAAUUUUGGACUGGUACUCUGAAGUACAUGCACAAUGUAUUUUUUUUUUUAUAAUUGUACAUGUGGUCUUUGUGUUUUAAGAGACAGUAUCAAAAUGGGUGGGGUCAAAGAAAAGUUCGGGACAAAACAUAUUCUUGGAAAGAGAAAAAUCUAAUUUGAAGGGGGGGGGGGGAUUCUAAAAAAAAUUUAGUGGGGCAGCCCCUAUCCCUACAUAUCAAGGCUAUUCGCAUUCUAUGAAAAGCAAUAUUUUCCAAGCCAGAAUUCACAGCAACUUGGCUUUGUCAAAUUGUGUCGCAUUAUAUAAGGGAAUUAGCGUGAGCCACUCGUUCCACUUCAUACAUAGCUUGGUAGAUGGGCAUGCGAUGUCAGAGUGUGUACACUUUGUUGCAAUGAAUUCAUUGUUUAAAAUUUUAAUCGGAGUUUAAAUCAAAUCAAUUAGCUCUCUGCCGACUUGUAAAUUGAUCUGUUUUCUCCUUAUAAAUGUAUAACACUGAACAAGAUUACAGUUGAUUCUUUCUAAGCUGUUGAAUGAUUUAUCAACACUCUUACAUUGCUUAAUACUAACUAAUGUGAUAGCGAGUGAAGAAAGAACAAAAUGUCAACAAACAACGGGGUUUACACACCAAGCCCUACACCCAAGCCUCACCCACGUGUGAGGCCUGAGGCAGCUCAAAAUGCUAGUAGGCAAAAGGAUGCUGGAAACUGGUUCAGCCAUGAUAAUGGGCAAGAUUUCCCUGAUCCAAACCCCAGGGAGAGGAUCAUGUCUGCAGAAGCCCGAAGGAAUGCCCAGACCAAUAAAGGAUCUUUAGGGAACCUGAUGUCUGGCAGGUCUAACAACACUCCAGAUUUUGAGGUCCAUCAUCGAGUCAAACCGGAGGCUGAGGAGUAUGCCAACCGCAAUCGUGGUGCAAUGGAUAGGUGGUUUGAUUACAGCCAAAAUCAAAACUAUGAAUCUCCUCGGCCAGGAGAAAGAUUGAGGACAGAGGAAGCCAAGCGAGUUGCUGAAGUAAAUAAGGGGGUUAUGAGUGAGUGCAUGGGAGGGUAUGGUGACCCCCCUGUCAAGAAAGUUACACAACCACGGACUGUAAAAGCUGAAGCUGCAGAAAUGGCUGAAAGAGGGAAAGGUGGUGCCAUGAAGGAUUUGAUGGUCAAUUAUGGAAAUCUUCAUGUUGAUGAGGGAAGGCAAGGACCAAAAGUUAAAGGGAUGGAUGCAGAAGAAUAUGCUGAGAGAAAUAAGGGCACAGUCAGUAAGCUGAUGAACAAUUAUGCAGAUGUUCCACUGCCAGAGCAGCCUGCACCUAAGGUUUACUAUGGAGGGGAGGAGGUACAGGAAAAAUAUCAGGGGAAGGAUAUGGGACCAAUGCUGAGAAUGGAGGGACAUCUACCACAACAGGAACCCAAAAUCAGCAAACUCCAUCAGAAAUCAGAGGGACCAGGCUGGGAUGAGAACCCACCAGCGGUAAGGUCUAGACCGGAGGGUGACAGAGUGGCAGACAGAUACUAUGAACAGCAUGCUAAAAAUCUCCAGGUCAUGGACAUGGAAGCUCCCCCGCCUACUGUCCGUACCCCUAAAGUACCCCUACAUCUGCAGGAGUCAGGAACACCGAGGCCAAAGACCUCACCACCACGUACACGACCCGAGGGCAGAUAUUCUUAUCAGAAAAACCAGUCCUCCGAGAUGUUUUCCAUCAUGAAAGGGGAGACCAACCAAAUGUCCACACCCCGUAAAAUUAACCGGAUGAUGCAGAGGUCAGAGAACUGGUAGCUCUAGUCGCCAGGGGAGGGAAUUUAUCUGCACUUGUUAACAAUGACUGUGACCAUAAUCAGUUGGUAUGUCAGAUCGAGUCUCUUUAUUUCAUAGUUUGCAUUUUGAACAAUUUUGGCUUUUUUUUUUACUCUAUUUUUGUAUUUUUAUUUUCGUUUAUAUCAAGCCUUUUUAAGCUACUGAAGAGGUGUUUAGCUCAGCAUCAUGAUUUUAUAAUGUCCAUCAAGUGUAUUGAGUGUGUGUACUUUUCAGGAGUUAAGUUACUUUCUGGAGUCAACUAGAUAAAAGGGCACCUUAUAUGUAUUUAUUUUAGACUAGAAAUAUUAGUUAAUGUUUGGAAUAUGUUCUGAUAGACUAUUGUUGGGGAAAAGCCUUUAUUUUUUAAAAGAGCAUGGUAGUAAACUAGCUCUAUAUCAAAAAGAAAUCUGUGUUCACGAUCGAAUACUCCUGAAUUGAUUGUGAUUUAUUUUUUCCAACACAUGUAAGAAUUUCUGAAUGGUGCUAAUAGGUAGUGCAUGGAAAUGUUUUUAAUUAGAUCAAAUAUUAAUUUUAAACGAAAAUUUUGGAAGAUCUCUUCUAGAUAUUUUAUGUGAGUGUUCAUCAGGUUGUGUUUUUAUCACUCUAAAGAUUUGUAUAUCUUAAAAUAGUAAAUGUUUAUUUUUGUUUUAAAAAUCAGUGAUCAUAUCAUCUGCUAUUUGAAUGGGAAAGAAAUGAAGAAAAUAACAAAGUCUUCAAUUGCCUUCGUUAAAUGAAUUACAAUGUACAUAAUCGAUGAAACUGAUGGUUGUGAUCUCUGUUCAACAAAAUGCUUUUGCUAAUCCAAGCAUUAAUAUUUAUUUACAUCCCAGAUGUUUCUUGUUCAUUUUAAUUAAAAAAUGAUUCCAGUUCUUGUCUCACUUGAGCCAAAGACUCUGAUCAAGAUUUGUUUGAUCUGCUCUGUCCCAAGUUUUUACAAACCACUUUUUGUAUCUUCAGAACUCAAGUAAACUUUGCAUAGAACAUUUUUUAGUAACUAAGGGAAUUUGCAAAUGAAAGAGAAAGAUGAUUAAGAAAUAAUGAACAUUGGAAGUACUCAUUUAUUUCUCUCUCAGUACAGUAGACAAAGAUAACCCUAAUUUAUAUGGAAGCUUCAAUAUAUGUCAUUUGAAACUAUGACCCCCUGACCAUGUUGGAACCACUAAUGGGGACUACCAUAGCAAUGGGGCAUUUACUUCACAACUGAGAGACCCAUGUUCAAUUCUCAAUCUCAGUGUUGCAUAAAAACCAAGACAUUUAAAAUAGACAGUAACUGUUCUUUUUUGUCGAGCAUUAGAAGUGAAAGGCACAGGUCUGGAAAACCCAGGUUCUGUGUCGUGGUAGGUAGAUGUUGGUAUUGAUAAACAAGCCUCACUGCUACAGCCGUAAGCACCAUCCAUUGGUCAAAAUUUGUGUCACGGCAUCCUUAAAUGAGCGAUAAGUUCUCUAAUGGUACAUAAAACAACAUAAAGAGAAGAACGACUACAUUUCAUGAAAUUGAUAUACUUGUAGAAUUACUUUAAUAGUUCAGGUCCGAGUUUUUACUAAACAUGAUCUGAAUGAUCAGUGUAGGAGUAAACAAAUACUGUAUAAUGUUUUUUCCAUGGAUUAAUCAAUUCUAGCAGUUAGAUAGCUUUCCGCCAAAAUUUCACUCGUCAAAUGUGCACCCAAUCAUGACUUCAGUAUUUGCAAGAGAAAUAACUCUUCCUUGUCAGCCAAAAUUUAUUCUGCUAAAAUUAUUAGCAUACCUUUGAGCCAGCAAAUUGCCAAAUCUUAGACCCAUGGAAAGAAAACACUUCAUUAGAAACAUACAUGUAGUGUAUAACAUACACAUAGUGUAGAUUCAAGGUCACACCAGAUGAUUCAAGGUCACACCAGAUGGUCCCAGGAGAAUGGGUAAGUAUGUAGUAGUCUGAGAGGUUAAAAUGUAGCCCACCCACCGACCCUUAAGAAAUACAUGUAUUGAGUUUUCAAAUUUUAGUCUCAAUUAUGUACGAUUGAAUAAGGGAUUCCGGGUUAUGAGAUGAUUUUUCUGAGCUAGGUGAUCGUGAGCAUUGUGACCCAUGGUUAUUCUCGAAACAUUAUACCGUUCUAGUGUAUGUUUGUUAUACUAUGUUUUCAUUUUUGUCUGCAUUAUUUUUUGUAAAAAUUUGAGUUUGAUAUACACAUGUACGUAACCAGGAAGUAAUUCAAAAGACAUGUGUAGCAAAUGAUUAUUUUAUCAGUACGUGAAUCUGCGUCAAUAUGUAUUAGUAUUAAAAGCAUCAGAAUAUGGUC